AUGUCUUUGAGACGAACGUAUACAUCACCCCAUCCUCUGACGACAAAAGCACUAUCUCCAGCGUUGCGCCGCACAAAUUCACAUCAUCACCUCGCGUCUUUGUCGUAUGAAGUCCCCCCGCAACAAUCACCACGUGUGAUCAAGGAAGACCCGUUCAGUCUCUCGGGUUUCUUUCCAAGUGCAUUGGCCGGUACUGAAGAGGAUCGCGAGGAAUGGAACUGGCUGAGCCCGGAGAGCGUAGAGCCAGCGACGAGCCCCGAGUCGUACAGCUUGAACGCUGAUUAUGCGGACUUGGUGGACAACAUCGUGGCGCUGGAUGUGAGUGGAGAAGAAGAAUUGAUGACUCGAACGAUUGAGAAGGAAGACAAGUUGGGAAUACUGUCACUGGCACGAGUUCUGGGAGGCAGGGACGAGGAGUACAAGCAGGAGGACUACAGGAUGUUCUCACCGUACCUAGACGACAACGACCCAGUCGACGACAACGCGCUCUACAUGAACCUGUGCGCGCGCCGCGAGUCGCAUUCCCGGGUACAUUCUGGGGGGACAGAAACGCGGUUUGAUGGGUUAUUUUUCCCAAAACGAGGGAUCGACGAUACUGCAGAGGCGGAGCAGCAAAGUCUAUUGGAGACAAUGUUUUUAGGGCGCACUGUCUAG